UAUCGCAUCACUAGGUGCUUUACUAAACAUCAACCUUUAGGUAUUUAAUAACAGAGCCCUCUUUCAAGGGUCUCCUCUACUGAAGUUUUCUGCCUGAUACUCUGAGUCUACUACCUUGCUUCCAACUACUAUGACUUCAAAGCUCAUUGCCAUUGUUGCUGGUGUGGGUCCCGGUACCGGGGCAUCCAUUGCUCGCAAGUUCGCUGCUACAUAUCCCGUCGUCUUACUUGCGAGGAAGCCUGAGAGCUAUGAGUCUCUUGCGAACGAGAUUAACCAGAGCGGAGGCAAAGCUAUCGGUGUGAGCGCUGAUGUUGCAGAUUCCGCCAGUGUGAAGAACGCCGUCGAGGUGAUCAAGAAGGAAUUUGGGGCCGAUGUUGGUGCAGCAGCUGCCAUUUACAAUGCAAGUGGAGGCUUUCUCCGGAAACCCUUCCUCGAGAUCCCAGAAGAAGUGUUUUCGACGUCACUAGACACCAGUGCGAAAGGAGGCUUCAACUUCUCUCAAGCAACACUACCACUAUUGCUGAAAGGUGUUGAGCAAAAGUCCCAGCACCCUCCUUCUCUGAUCUUCACGGGUGCAACUGCUUCGGUCAAGAGCAAUGCCCAAAUGGCAUCUUUUGCAACCGGAAAAUGGGCCCUGCGCGCACUCAGCCAAUCCUUAGCAAGGGAGUUCGGCCCACAGGGAGUCCACGUCGCUCACGCGAUCAUUGAUGGAGUUAUCGAUAUCCCUCGAACGAAGGAGUGGUUGAAAGAUCUUGGGCCUGAGUACAAAUUAUCUCCUGAUGGGAUCGCCAAUGAUUAUUGGUGGCUCCAUACACAGCCCGUCACAAACUUCACUUGGGAGAUCGAUUUGAGACCAGCAGUCGAGAAAUGGUAAUUGACUUGCACGUGUUGUGAUCAGCGGAACAUAGAAUCUGCUCCCUGGCGACGAGAUGUCGGCUGUAGGUAUCGCCAUAUCUGGCUUUCCCACAGAAGCGGGCACAUAUGUAGUACAGCACGAUCUUAUUACGACCAAUAAUGAACACGUUGAACUCAAAGAAAUUUGGCCAUGUGGCCAGCAAGAAGAU